AUGCCUCUAGCCUUUGACCAACUCAAGGCCUCGCCGAAAAAGGUGAAGACUAUCAAAUCCGCUUAUGAGAGCGAGAGCUUUGAUGCAGAUGGAACCAUCCAUGUGGAUGGUGUGGUUGGCUCUGCCACAAUAUCACCAUCCGGCCGAGACGUCGCUCUUGCGUCCCCGGAAGGAUUGGCCAUUAUCGACCUCGACUCUCCCUACAGCCCGCCUCGCCGCCUGAGCAGCCAUGGACUCCCGUGGCUUGUGGUUGACGUCCAGUGGUCACCGUUCGCCGCGCGGGACUACUGGGUCGCAUCUACCGCCAACCAUCGAUGUCUCGUCUGGAACUUGAACCUGCGCGAUGACUCGACUUCUGGUGCCAUUGAGCACUCGCUGCAGGGGCACACCAGGGCAAUUACUGACAUCAAUUUCUCCGCCCAUCAUCCUGACCUUCUGGCAACUUGUGCCGUAGACGGCUACGUCCAUUGCUGGGAUCUGAGGCGGCCGAGGCAGCCAGCUCUUACAUUCUGUGACUGGUUUGCUGGGGCCACCCAGGUCAAGUACAGUCGCCAGGAUCCAUUCAUCAUCGCAUCUUCUCACGACAGGUGGCUCCACAUAUGGGACGAGAGGAAGUCAUCUGAGCCAUUGAGGUCCAUCAGCGCUCACACUUCCAAAAUUUACGGCAUCGAUUGGAAUCGCUUCACUCCAACCGCUAUUGUUACCUGCUCAUUGGACAGGAGCAUCAAGUUCUGGGAUUAUAAAAAUACCGAGGACGUUCCAGAAAGGGUCAUCAGGACUGAGUUCCCAGUCUGGCGUGCAAGACAUACGCCCUUUGGAAGAGGGCUCCUCGCCAUGCCCCAAAACGAACCGGGACAUCUGUAUCUUUUCGACCGGCGCAUGGGCCCUGAUACCCCUGUUGACGGACAGGUUGAGCCAGUUGCAACAUUUGAGGGCCAUGGUAAUCACAAGGCAAAGGAAUUCCUCUGGAGAGCCCGCGGUGGCAUCACCGAAGACAGUCUCGACAACCGCGAGUUCCAGCUCGUAUCCUGGGGCGAGGACAAUAAGCUCCGUUUAACACGUACGGAUCCUCACGUCCUGGAGUCAGUGGGCCAUGUCAAGGGCAUGGCGGCAAGAACAAAUCUAGUUAUAACUCGAAAAGGUGCCACAUACAAGACCUUCCGGACCGUAGACGAUGGCAAUACCCAUCGGCGGACAGCGACCAUGAGCGACUCACGGAACGGGGCGUCUCGCCAGAGCGCACUUACUCUGGGUAUGAAACUACCAUCGUACCGGACGGGGCCUUCCUGGAAAGGACCGUCCAUGAAAGCUAAGAAUUCGAGAACCGGCAAGGUGGAUAGGAGCCAGGCCCAGAUGAACUGGAUGAGAGGUAUCACGAUGACUAAGAGGAAAUCGAGUACCGACCUUCCGCAACGAGCAGCAUCUAAAGAUUCCUCGAUGUUCGGGCUAGUUUUUCAUGACGACCAGUGGGGCGACCCAGAGUCGCUACAAGAAGAGUUUGUCCGGAUCAGCACUCAGUUGCCCAACGUCAAGUGGGACAGUAUCGACAUGGACACGCUUAUACUCAACGCCUCUUUGAAGGGCCCGUGGGGCGUGGACGGUGAUGAGAUCUUCAUCAAAGUCAAGGCUGAUAUUCCUCAUGCCUACCCCAAGAACAAAGCACCCAAGUUCAUCAUCGAGAGAAAUGCCUUUAUGCCGCCCGGUGCUCAUGAAAAGCUCGAAAGCGAGGUCCACCAGAUCGCUCAACAAUUCUUGAAACGAAAACAGAACUGCCUCGCGGCAGCCUUCUCGUACCUGCUUGGAGAGGCCGACCUAACUCAAAGCACGACUUUUUUCAAGAACGUGCGCGACCUCGACGACGGCAUAGAUGUGCUCGCCGACGAGAGCUCGAGCGAUGAUUCUGACAACGACAUCCCAGCUGGGGCAUCGGCAUCCAUGUCCAUGUCUCAGGAACUGAGCGCCAGCACCGAGAUCGAUAAUACUCUUGCGCCGAGCCACCGUCCAGCCAUACCUCCAGUGAUCAGAACGUGCGGCGCUCGCUUUUCAAAUGAUGGGCGACUGGUCAGCUUCUUCCCAACAAAGGAAGCCAAGGCUCUACUCUUCAGCCCUAAUGAGAAUUUCAGAGAGCGUCCCAAAGACCAGCCCACCUUCGCCGGCUUUGGCCGUCUGACUCAUGAGUCUCCUCCGCGGCAGCGUUACCUUGAUGGUGACGCCUCGGUCAACGAUGAUGCAUCAGCCAUGUCAGACGAUUCAGAUGACUCAUCGUCUUCAAGCGAUUCAGAGAUGACCACCAUGCAUAAAAUCAGUCUGUGGUACCGUCCAGGCCGCCGCCUCCACAAGACCUGGAGUGCGAACGAGUCCCUCCGCUCGAGUGGCGGAGGGACUGGCGCAGGUACAGGAACAGGCACAGGAACAGGAACCAAUCGUCGCCGGACCGGACGACCGAAGAACAUAGUGUCGUUGCACGACAUGCGGGACAUGCUACCGUCGAAGAAGCAGUUUGCCGAAGAGUAUAUAAUCUUUGGCGACGGCGCGUACGUCUGCGAACACAAUGCUUACGUGGCGGAGAAAUAUGGCUACUACGAUUUAGUCAACAUAUGGAGAUAUGCGGCACUUCUCUUGAGAUCAGACAUCCCGCUAGAGUUACAUGAGCAUCGCCACAAGGACAAGUCUGUCCUCGUCAUUGCCAAAGAUGCCCUUUCGAAGUACAGGAGCGACGAAUACAGUGCACGUAGCGACGAGCACCUCAGAGGACGGGUCAAGUGGGGCCAUCACCCACUCGCGCAAGAUUUUGUCCAUGAUUUGUUUGACUAUUUCGAACAGAUGGGAGAUGUACAAAUGUUGGCGAUGCUCUCGUGCAUAUUUGGAGAGUCAUCUGCGGAGGACAGUGUGGCGUAUGCCGAAUCUCGUUUGACACAGCCAGAGACACCGCUGCCGAUGAAAGCGCCAUCGUUCUCGUUGGAAUACUUCCCGACAGAUGCGGCAGAAUGGAGCAUGGAGCGGAGGAGUGGCUACAGCUCGGCAGUAACCACACCCCGAAUGUCGCAGACGCCUAUCGUGUUUUCUGACCCACAGAGCCCGGAUGUACUCUGGAUGGGAGAUCCAUCUUCACAGUCGUACUCGACUGGUGAGACACCGCCACACAGGUUCUUCAAAGACCAUCAUCUCAGUGAGAUAGACCACACUCAGAGCCUUUCCACAUCACCAAAUGAUCGCGCCAUUCGUCGGUCUCAGUCCGCUCUGGCAUCAACAUUUACUUCGGGUAUGCCACGUGGGUUCACUUCGUUAGCUUCCUCAUCUCCUCCAGGGCGUAAGCGCCCCAGUCCGGCUGAGAGAAUCAUGGAAAAUAUAUCCCAUAUCCAUGGCAACAUUACUUGGGGAGGUUCAACCUAUUUCGGAGCGCCAUCGGAAGCGACAGAGACAGCAAGAACGUCAGUAUCGGAUGACGAAUUCCGCAGAGAUGAGCUCGUCUCCACGAUACCGGUUAGCGUAACCGUAACCGUGGAAGACGAAUCAGCAUUUGAUGACGAUGGGUGGCUGGCCACGCCUCUCCUGGACCCCAGCCGUGGUCUUGAUUACGCGGGAUAUCGAUACGCGUAUGCCGAAAUGCUGCAAAUGUGGUGCCUCCCACUCGCGCGGUUGGAGAUCAUGAAGUUCAACGUCCUGAAGGAGGGCAGCUGGAACGAAGGAGCACGUCUCAGCGCUGACAGCAGCUGUAUUGAAUCCGCUAUCCAUGAUGUCAGCCAAUCCGCUACAGGUACGACCUCUCCUACAAUUAUACUUGGUGGUAAGCGCGAACAACUCCAUACCCUGCAAGCAUCUGGCCGCGGUCUCGACGUAACAGGGAUUUGUCGCGUCCAUGAGAUGCAGCUACAACCACUACAGUAUUCCCAAACCCCCUCUCUGGGUGGGGCUGUCGGUGUUUGUGAGAGGUGUAGGCGCACGCAGACACAACUUACGUGUGUGUUCUGCCACGAGUCCAUAGACGCGCUCUACCCAGCUUGCCUGGGCUGCGGCUGCGUCUUCCAUGAAAAUUGUCUAGCUGAGUGGCACAGCAUGGGGGAGACGGAGUGUCCUGCUGGUGAUGAUUGCGAGUGUGUCACGGAGGCAGGCAAGGGUCAGGUAGAGACCUGGGUGGCCAUGAGGGCGGCUUUGGGCAUGGGGCGCGAGAGGACCGAGACUUACGGCCACUCGAGGGCGAAGACCAGUCACGGCGAGAAGGACAUUGCCAGGGAAAGGAGUGGCAGCGGCAGCGGGAGCGGGAGUACUUUGUCCUCUGGAGCUGGACUUGGCAAGGCCGCGGUCAUGCCGGGCCGGACUCCCCUGCGAGCGUCUCGGGCUUUCAGGUGAGAUCACCUCUCGAGCGCGAGAGUGACGGUGACAGCCUCGCCUCUAUGCCGUCCGCGAGCUCAGCGAAUACGCCUGCCAAGCCGAGCCCACUUGGUCCUGGAGUGUCUGCUGCGCGCGUGAGCCUAGGGAACAGACUCAAAAGCCUUGAGGCUAGACGUCCUAGCGGCUUCAGGCGGAAGAGUGGUGACAAUGAUGGGGGCCACAGUGCCAGCGGAAGUGGCAAGAAGGGCAAAUAAUGAGCAGUCCAAUUUCAUGUAAAGGGACUGUGUUGUAUUUCAAAGUGUGUAUGUUAUACUCGUGUUUUAUAAGUUUAGACUUAGUAUCAAUUACUUUAUAUACUUUUACUUUUAUUCUAUAUAUAUUUAAGUA